ACCAUCGCGGCAAUAAUUCAAAUUUUCUAAUUUCGAACUUUCGAACAUCUUUUGGAUGCGUUCGGAAACUCGCGCUUUUAAUAAAAAGACUAGAGGACUUAAACCGAUGUGCUGUGUUCCGUGUUGUUUUUUUUUUUCUUAAAUUUGAUUCCGUGAUUUUAUAUGAUAUUGUGUUAAAAUUAAGUUUGUGACAAGUUGCGGUUAAAGUUCAGUAGACGCGUUCACCUCUGGUUGUACUUGUAGCAAAAGGAUUUACUUUGUGCCUGUACCUGGUUUGUGUAACAGACGAUUAUAAAAAAAUAAAAUAAAAAAAGCAUCACUUCAUAUAAUCAUAUGGAAAUUAAACAAGGAGGAAAAUCAGUGGUGUGACGUACAUAAUGUGUGGCGACGAUUUGACGCAUUCCCAACGGACUUUGACGAACUAGUGUUGUACCGCGGGAUAUCGAUAUUCGAUAGUCGAUAGUGAAGGCCAACACGAAUGAACACCCUCAUGCUGACGACUGGAACGGUAGAAGAUCAGCCGUGCGUUGAUACCAACAUGUCUUUCACAUCUUACAAUAUGAUGGAUUCCGGGGGAGCUGGGAUAGCGGAAUCACCACCUACAUAUCAUCGGACAUAUGAACAAUACGUACAAGGAGCUGUAGAAAACAGUACCGAUUCAACCCAAGACCAAACAAGUCCCGAACUGGUAGUAUGGUCUACGUUACCUUACGGCCUUGAUUACAGAACUCAGUACGAUUAUAGAAGUCCAUAUGAUACGACCAGAGAUUAUACAACGCAACAAUAUGCUAGAGCACCAUUUACUACGAAAAUGGGACAAGCAAAGGCGUUAAAAGAGGCUAGGAUAAGGAGACCAAUGAAUGCCUUUAUGGUGUGGGCUAAGGUGGAGAGGAAGAAACUGGCUGAUGAGAAUCCGGACUUGCAUAAUGCUGACCUGAGUAAAAUGCUGGGUAAAAAAUGGCGAUCGUUGACCCCGCAAGACAGAAGGCCGUACGUCGAGGAAGCCGAGCGUCUAAGAGUCAUCCACAUGACCGAGCAUCCCAACUACAAGUACCGUCCGCGGCGAAGGAAGCAGAAUAAGACGAGGCCCAAUCAGCCCGCGCCACCCGCCAGUGCCCCGCCUGCUACCUCUGCGGCCCUUGGUUCCCCCUACGCCACCGGCACAGACUCCCCUGAUACUCGCUUUUCACACAACCCAGCAGCUGGCUUCUCGCCCUACCGUACCUCGCCUCUAGCCUCCGACUACCAGCAGAACCAAUAUAACGGGCACGUCCAAACGCCCGAGUCUUCCCCAGCCAGGUCUCCGGAGCCCCAGGGCAGACGAAGCGCGUCCACGGAAGCCCCUCUCCCUACCCCUGACGCUUCCCCCGUCGAGAACGAAAAAGAAAACUUCCAAUAUGAGGAAAGACGAAGAGCAAUCAACGCCUCCUCGAUCUCCGAUUCCUACUCGUAUAAGUUCAGAACGCCUGGCUCCUACUCGCCGGCACCGGUCGCCGCUAUGGGCAUGGCGAACGGCAUGUACGUGAUGUGCACGCAGAGAACACUCGCCGAGCAGUCGCCGCUGGUAACGGGCACGUUCUUUCCGCCCGUCGCUACCUCUCAGGACCAGCAGACCCUCGGCACUUCAGCUCCAAGGGUAUCCUCUGCGCCGAGUGGCUCCAUGAAUGCAGAAUACAACAUCCAAUAUCAUCCGUACGAGCAAUACGAACAGAUAUACAAAACUGAGGACUCGUACGUAUCGCACUACCCCGAGCAGCCGAAGACGGAAUACGAUACUGGGAGCAGUUACUUUUCAGAAGAGCCGCCGUCGAACCAACCCCAAGAAAAUGAGCAAGGAUUUAUGCCGCGUUCGGAGAUAAGGACCGGUUCACCGGAGUCGGACGUUGACGCUCGGGAAUUCGACAAGUAUUUAGACUACGGAACAGAGGGUGCGAUGGAUCAGCAUCAACAGUAUAGAUACGAGCAGCAGCAGGGGUACAGGCCGUAUUGCGGGGAGGCUGCACCGGGCGCGGAGUAUUGUGGGGAGAGGAUGUACGCGUCGCCGUAUCCGACGGUGAUCUCCGGCGCGCCGCCGCCCGGGCAGUACGCACCGCCCGCGCCGCCCGGCGCCGAGGUACGCCCAGAGGACGAAUUCAGUGUGAUCUUGGCUGGGGUCAGACAGACCUGCUACAGUAAUUGACUAGACUAGGCGCGGACUCGGCAUAGGAAUAUUCAGGACUUUCUGUUUAUAGCCCAAAGAGUUAUGUUUUAUUUUUCAAAAUAUGCAUUAGUCGAUUCUGCGGUAUCCCAUAUGGUGUUGUAAGCUUUUAGUUAUAUAAUAUUUGUGGUACGGAAUACAAACUUAAAUUGUACCGGAAUCGUUGUUAAGAUUGGUUAUAGCGUGGAGUAUGAGAAUUUUAUUAUUUUUUGUUAAUUUACGUUUUUUUUUUGUUUUUAAAAAAUCAUAUUCCUCCG